CCGGUGUUGGGUGGGCGGGACCUCAUUGCUCCGGUGCGGACGGGCCGCGAUGGCGGCGGCGGCGGCUCCGUCCCCGCUCACCGGGGUGGGCUGGGCGGCCGGGCCCGAGGCCGUCCCGCCGGGCUGGACCGCGAUCACGGUGACGGCGGAGGGCGCGCCCGCCGCGGUGGGCAAAGGCUUCGGGCACCGCGGAGGAGGGUGGUACCUGUGCGUGCGACCCGCGGCGGGGCAGUCCCCUCCAUUCCCGGUUGUGACGGACGUGCUGGUGCAGAGCGAGCGGACCCCUCACCCCCCCGGCUACACCCGGCCCGAAUUCCCAGAACCCCGCUCGGGCAUUUCCCGCCGGAAGAGGCUGCUGGUGAAGCUGGAGGAUCCCGAGGGAGCGACCCCGGCAGUGCUGGAGCUCCAGCUCAGCUCCAAGGGCCGGAUCCUUCCCCUCUACACCAAGAUCGGGGAAAUGGGGGGUUUUGCUCUCUGGUGUAAGAAGGGGCCGCUCGGCACCGCCAGGGAGCAGCUCGCGCUGAGACCACCCAGGCCUCCCCCACCUCCCUCCAGCUCCAAGAGCCGCUCCCCUCCGGAAUCUCCGCCCGAGCCCUGCGGGAUUUACGGAUUCUCAGCCAUGGCCGGAAUUCCCUUCGCCCUCCACCCCAAAUUCCAGCCCAAGCUCAGCCUGCCCAUCCUGGCGGAGCUGACGGUGAAAUCCUUGGCCGACAUCGAGCAGGAGUACAAUUAUGGAUUCCUGGUGGAGAGGACGGCGCUGCCCCCCCCGACCUGAACCCCCUUCCCGGAAUUCCAGAGGGAAAAUUCCAGAGGUUUUGGAGGAAAUAAAAGCGAUUCCUUCCCUA